AUGGCACAGGUUCUUAAUGUACCAAAUUUUGUUGAGAAAUACUUGGAUAUUGAUGCAAGACUCCGCCUCCGUAAGACUUGCACCGCUGUUCGUGAAAUCAUCAAUAAGAAGCCGCUACACAUAGAUUGUCUCCACUACAAAUGCUGUGGAAUUUUUAUCCUGAUUUUUACAAAUGAAUUCCUCUAUGUCGCUUACAAAAUCUCUAAAAAAGGAUUGAAUGUUGAAAAUGGAGACAGAGUGGAAAAGAUCGGUGCGAAAAGCGAUGAAGAGCGGAUUGAGAUAAUUGAACGGGACGGUUGUGUGUGGUAA